UCGCAUUAGUUGAAGAUGUUCCUUAGCGGAAAGUGCAUCGUAGAUAAUGUCUAAAAGAUUUUGUUGAAUUUGAUCGGAAACGGUGAUCAAUCACGACGUUAAUCGUUGGAUCUUUUAUAUUUAAUAAUUUUCUUUUACUUUGUGAGAUUAGAAAAAAGGAUUGAAGGAUUACAUUGGUGGGUCUCUACAUUGACGAUCUCUGUUGGAUGAGUGAUGAAAAAGGAUGAUGAUCAUUAUUCUGACAUUAUAAUAUGUUCUUACUUCUAUCGGAAGUUCUUGUCUUUAAAGGUUAUCGUAUUAAGAUUUACAAAAUGAUCAGCGAGAUUGCAAGAUGUAUAUUCUUCGUUCAUCAUCUAUUGCUUUUGUUAAAUGGAGCAAUGGCCAUCGAGCUACCAUGUCCGGAAUAUUUUCGUUAUAUUCGUAACGAUAAUUUCGAGAGUAUGGGACAAGUGGAAAUUCCAUCGCCUCCAAGAAACAUGGCGUUGCAUUUGAAAAUAGAGUUAACCGUGGCCACGUCAUUACCUUCGAAAUAUGUUGGACGAUUGGAAUUGGCGCAGUCGAAAGAAGAAUCGAUUAGGGCCAUUCAACAAAGAAGAUCAUUAUUUUAUGUAGUUCAUUUCCCGAUAAGCCAUCCAUUACCGAUCCUAACAAAUAUAUGGUUCAAUGAACAACUAUAUUGCAGUGGUCCGCGUGCAUUGGGACGAAUCGUGACAUCCAUUGUUUUGGAACAUACGCUUUUUCCACCAAGAAUAUUAACUAUCCCUACGAAUCAAGAAAACAAUCUUGAUGCACAACCAAAUUUCAAUGACUUUAUACAGUUCGAUCAAAUUUCGUUUUCGCCAUUUAUACCAGAGACACCGUCGCGUCUACCGACAUUGCCACCACCACCGCCAUUGCUAUCGCCAUCGCCAUCGCCACGACCAUCGUCACGACCUUCGCCAUUAUUAUCGUCAAUACCAAGCAAAGUAUUAUCAGAAAAAAAACCCUUGAAUAACAACGAUGACGAGUGUGGUCGGGUUAACAUCCAGAAUAGCAAUAUUAACCCUUUAAUAGCCAAAGGUAUGAAGACAAGUCCAGGUCAAUGGCCUUGGUUGGUCGCUAUCUUCGUCGUGAAGAUUCAAUUUGAAUUUCAUUGUACCGGUACUCUGGUUACGAAUAAGCACAUCGUUACAGUGGCACAUUGUACAAGAUUAGACGACAUAAUCUUACCAGCCAGUACAAUGCUCGUUUCAUUAGGACGUUAUCGUCUACGAGAUUGGAGAGAAAAAGGAUCGGUUAAUCGAGAAGUGAAAGAAUACACAUUACAUCCAGAUUACAAGGGUGAUGCUAAAGAUCCAACUGCUGAUGCUGAUUUAGCUAUAAUAACAUUGUGGGAACCAGUCAAAUUUUCCGAUUUUAUCAAACCAAUCUGUCUUUGGUCUGGAUCAAACGAUUUACGAGAUAUUGUUGGAUCCAGGGGAUAUGUUAUUGGCUGGGGUCAAGAUGAAUUUGGUAGAUAUUUGACUAAUCCUCACAUGGCUAUUGUACCAAUUGUAUCUCAGGAAGAUUGUCUUUGGAGUAACGCAGGUUUUGUCGCUUUUACAUCCAAUCGUACUUUCUGUGCUGGUUCUAGAAAUGGUAUUGGACCAUGUAAUGGUGAUAGUGGAAGUGGUUUGGUGAUACGUAAAACAGAUGGACGUUAUCAGUUACGUGGUGUUGUUUCACAUUCCAUUUUGGAUAGAAAUACAAUGUCGUGUGAUCUUACCCAUUACGUUGUUUACGUCGACGUAGCGAAACAUUUAGAUUGGAUACAUUCACAAAUAACUUCGUAAAAACAAAUUGAUAAGACCAGGUAAAUCUCGAAGAUAUGAACUGGAGAUUAUGAAAACAGUCUAAAUCGUAUAUUUUUCGUUUGGAAAUACUUUGACAUUUGGGUUUAAAUUAUUUAAAAACUAUUGUUUUCUAUAAUGACAAUGACAUAUAGAAAAAGUACAUAUAUAAUUAUUCUUAAGAAAAAUAAUUCUUUUAAAAACUUAUUUCAAUAUAUUUAAAAAAUUUUAAGAACGGAGCAUGUGCUAAAAUAUAUUUUUUAAUAUCUCAAAUGGACAACAAUAAGACCACUUUCAUAAUCAUCAGUUCGUAUGUUGUUCCUUUUAGAUCUGUUGCAUUUUUUCAACUACCUCUAUGAUUAAUAUCGUACAUAUAUAU